CUUUUUCAACUCUUUCUUCUCAGGUCAGAUCCAGUCUGCAAGGGUUGCUUUUGCUCAGAUGGCAGGACAGACAUAAAGAAAACAACUCAUUCAUCAGUCUGGAAAGUCCCUUCUAACAGCUUCUCACUGGAAGUAAAGAGGAAGGAGAAUAUAUUUUUCUGGCUGCAUAACUAACAGACUUCCAAAAGUUAUACAACAUUCACACAAAGCAGUCAUUGCAAUAUGUUGUUUACUCUAGGACUUCUUUUCCUUUUAACCCCAUUUCCCUCCUUUCAAACCACGCUCAAUGAGAAGAGAGAUGCCAAAGAAAGUAAUGUGACCAAAGCCAAUGCUGUUUUCACCCUCUCAAAACCAAAAACCCCUUCCAAACAGAGUGUGCACCCCACCCUAAAUCCAAACACAGUAACUGUGACAAUUUUGCCCUCUGCAGCCUCCAACCAAAAAUCUACAACUGCCAACCCUACAACAACCACCAAAAGCAAGCUUAGUUUUGCAGGACUUCAAACCACUCCACCAACAGCAGGAAAGGCUCCUAAAGCCACUGGCAACAACACCAACAGAGACAAACACAAAGUCAACCAGACUGUUUCAGGUAAGCUGCUAUCACUUAGUGAAGAAAAGGCUAGCAAACACAAGCCUGGACCUACUGGAGCUCCAAAAGACCAGUCAACACUCACAAAGCUUUCCUCAGGCAGCACUUUAAAAACCACCAAAAACAAACCUCAACACUUUGACAAUCAAACUACAUCAGCAAUGUCUCCUUCCACCAGUGACGAGAAGAAUCCUAACGACAAGCCUCAUCAAAAUCCUCAGUUUAUACCUUCCAGUGCCAGUAAAAUCACCAAAGACAAGGUUUCGGCUUCUGGUAUCCAGACCGUUCCUGAUAUUCACCUCACCAGCAGUAAUGAGAACUCAAAAGACAAGUCUACUCCAAAUGUUCUGUCUUUACCUCCCAGCAGGAGUAAAACUGCCAAAGAUAAAGCUACAAUAUCUACAAAUCAGACAGUUUCUGAUACCUCCCUUCCUAGUGGUGAUGAAAUGUCUGAAGACAAGUCUGAUCCAAAGAAUGUUAACAAACGUGAAAGAGCUGGUGAUACCAUUACAGAUAAAGAAAUGGGCACCUCUGCUAAAACUCAUACUCCUUCAAUCCAUGCAACCUGCAAAGACAAUGUUGCUCCUUCACAGCCCAUUAAACUGAUCAUUAGGAACGAUUGUGAGUCGAGUCACACAAAAGACCUUGAGCUGACAUUGAAGCCUGGUGCUCCACUCGUGAUGACACAUAAGAUCAACCUGCUACCUGGUGGGUGUACCGGGGGAUGUGAAGCUGAGAUGACUGCUCUGAAAGAACGUCUGACCCGACUGGAAACAGACAUGUCUUCUCUAAAACAAAAAUGUCCAUGUUCUGCAAAUUGCCCUAAUGACUGUAGUGGCAAUGGGAAAUGUGAGAAGGGAAAAUGUAUUUGUCAUAAAGGAUACAUUGGUCUUGACUGCAGCAAGUGUGCAAAAGAUGCCAAGUGUAGUAAAGAAGAAGACAAGAAGAGUGGUUCUGAAGAGACGGACUCUACACCAAAAGUAAUAUUUAAUACAACCAAGGGAUCUGUGCAUCCAAAAGAAGACUAUGUACAACUCACUUUUAUUCCCCCCACAAUCAUUUCCCCAACUAAAGCCAAUUUUCCUUCAAACACUGACAAAAACAAAGAUUUCACAAAUAUUUCUCCAACACCUGAUCCAAAAAUUAAAAAGGGAGUAACUACCAGGACAUCAUCUUUUCCACACCCCCAUUUAAAAGAUGAUCCUCAAGCAAAUGUAACACAGAGUGUUGUGCAGAAAACCAACGGCACAAGUAAAAGCGGAGAUGGAGGAGUAAAGCAGUCCAAUCCAAAAAGCAAUAUUCCAAAACAAGAAAAGACAGAUAAAACUGAAAAUGAAAAGAAAAAGGAUCUCUCCAAUGAAAACAAAACAACUCAAACAACUCCAUCAACAAAGGACAUCACCAAUGUUCUUAUGAACAAAACAGGCGUUUAUUUCUGUGGGACGAGCAACAAGUUUGGAGGUUUAGGGUCAGUGAAGACUGUGAAUAUCUCCUCCUCUAGCUUCACCAUCACAUGGUUAGCUCCACAAAAUAUGUUCAAGAAUUUCACUGUAAUCAAAAGACAGUUCCAGACAGACUGUGACAAGGAUGAGAAUGAGGGGCUCGGAGAGGAAACUAUUGAAAGACAAUCAAUGUCUGGCACUAGGGGCUCAACUGAAGUCCAAAGAAAGAGCACCAACACAGCUGUCUCAUCUGGUAAAAGUGUUGAAUCAAGAUGUAAAACUGAAACCAAGAGGAUCUCAAGAGUGGUGCCUGGCAGUGCACGAUCGGUUGAAUUUAGUCAUCUCAAGCCAAACACGCGUUAUGUCGUGCACGUUUUUGGCACUAAAGCAGACAGAAGAUCCAAGAUUCAUAGAGUUACAGCAACCACAGGUCCUGAGCCCCCAACAGGACUGGUUUUCAGUAAUGUAACAGAGUCCUCUUUGACUGUUUCCUGGACCAAACCAAGCACCAUAUUUACAGGCUUCAAAGUAACAUACAUCAACACAGCAACGGGGAAGAGCCAGUUUGUGACUUUGGACCCUAAGCAGUCAAAUGUUGUUCUGUCCACCUUGUCUGCUGGAUCAUCCUACAUCAUCAGUGUAGCUACAACCAAAGGAAUGGCUCACAGUGAUAAACUCACUUCAAAUAUCACUACAGUACCUGCCCCUCCAACACAUCUUCAAGUUAUCAAUGUAACAGAUAACAGAGCAAUGCUUCGAUGGACACCCAGCCUGGGGAAAGUAGACCGUUUCAUUGUUACCUAUGAAUCCUCCAAGACUCCCAAUGUGACAGUAACAGUGAUGUUGUCGGGAAAUUCAGUGCAGUACCAGCUGAAAGGCCUACAGAGAGGUACUCUGUAUAAGGUCAAAGUGCGGACCCAAAAGAACAAUCUCCAGAGUAUGCGAAUCUCAGCUACAUUUACUACUGCAAAUGUGGUUAAGGCCAGUGAGGUUGGUGCUCGCUCGGCAGUGAUUGCUUGGAGAACUUCCACUGUUUAUCACAGCUACAGAGUGAUCUAUCAGGUGGCCAAAGAGGAGGCAAAGGAAGUAAUCCUGGAGCCAACCAUCACUGAGUAUAAACUCACCAGCCUGAUGCCUUCAUCAUCUUAUUUUGUUGUUGUACAAGGCGAGAAAAAUGGAAAGUAUACAUCACUUGUCACCUCACAGUUCACCACUGGAAAAUUGCGUUUCCCUUUUCCUACUGAAUGCUCACAGGAAUUACUAAACGGAGCUCUGGAGUCAGGUGAAGUGAGCAUCUACCCUCAAGGAAAACAGGGGCGAGCAGUGAGAGUCUACUGUGACAUGGAAACAGAUGGAGGCGGAUGGACGGUUUUCCAGAGAAGGAUUAACGGAAAAACAGAUUUCUACAGAACCUGGAGUGAAUACAAAGCUGGCUUUGGAAACUUAAGUGAAGAGUUCUGGCUGGGAAAUGAGCUCUUACACAUCCUGACCAGUAUAGGCCCUGUGAGUUUGAGAGUGGAUUUGCAAUCUGGAAAUGACACAGUCUACGCUCGCUACACCAAUUUCUCCGUUGCUUCAGAAGAGAGGAACUAUACUCUUACUGUAUCCGGAUACACAGGAACAGCAGGUGACGCAAUGAGAUACCAUAAUGGACGUCCAUUCUCAACCCGAGACAGGGAACCGGACCUUGGACCCCACUGUGCCAAGACUUACUUGGGGGGCUGGUGGUACAAAAACUGCUAUAAAGUCAACCUCAAUGGCCUUUACGGCAUGAACAGCAAAAAUCAGGGAAUAGUCUGGAUAGACUGGAAAGGCAAAGACUCAUCCAUUCCCUUCUCUGAGAUGAAGUUCAGACCUUCCCAGUUCUCCCCUCCAACUCAUGGCUAAAGAUGCUUCAAGCUCCAAGAUUUGUACAUAUCUGUCUCUGCUUGCCUUUACCCAGAUUAAAUUCCAUGAGAGGAUUUUUUUAAGAUACUACUGGCGCGAUCAGUGUAUUUGGUUAAGUGUGAAAGAUGUUUUUCUGAGCUGUUCUCAUGGUAAAUAAAACAACAAAGUGGAUAAAUGGUUCAUUGUAUCUUUUCUAUGCUAAUCAAACAUUUUGCUCAGAUGAGACAUGAUCUGUUUUAACUCUAGACAAUGUAUAUGCACCACACACAUUAAUCCCACUGUUACUGUAUUAUUAUGCACUGCCAAGUGGAAUAAAUUUAGCUAAAGUGGG